AAUGCAAUAAUAUACAGGGUGUGCAAUUUAAAAAAACCAAGAAAAACUAUUUUAUAUUAGAAAAUUUAGCAUAUAAUUUUGAACACCCUGUAUGGUCUAAGAUUACGAUAUUUACAGGAAAGUAAGUACAGGCCAACUGUAGUAAAUACCUACCUAGUUUUGAUUUCAGGACAUUUCUUGUAUUUUUAAUAUAUUUUUUAAAAAAUGGUGCAAAAAAUAUUUUUUUUAUUUAUUUAUUAAUAUCUCUGAAACUAUCCAAACAUAUUUAAUAAUAUCUUAGGACUAUGUAUAGCAAUCAGGAAGGAAGCCUAAAAUGCAAUAAUAUACAAGGUGUUUCAUUUAAAAAAAAAUCAUCCCGAUUCACUCUUGCUUUUUUGAGCCACCCUGUAGAAGUUAAAUUAUUUUCUCGAAAUACAUCCUAAUAAAUACUUUAAGUUUGAACUUAAAUAAAAUUCCUAAGUUUUUUUUAUUAUAGAGCUACAGAUGCCCGACGCACUAUUGCCGGACCCUGUAGAUAUAUACAGUAUGGCCCUGGAUUGUCUUUAUAUGAGGAAAAACUUUUUUAAUAUUAACUUUUUGAUGAAAAUGCCUUCUUCAUAAAGCUUUUGAUUGUUUUAAAAUGGAUAAUAAAUUUAUACUUUUCCAAAUUUUCAUACCGUUUUAGAAAAAAUAAUAAAAAUAUGAAAAUAUACUUGAAUUUUUUCUAAAGUCCUAAAAAUUAAAACGUGUUUCUGUGUUAAUAUCUAGUUCCUAGUUUUUAUUCUUUGAUAGAUUGUUAUUAUUAAUUUUGAUUAACGUCAUACUUUUUGCUGUUUUAAAAUGUCAAAGAAGCAGAAAAUUUAUAAUCAUCUUUUCCAUAGUAUUGAAAUAAAUAAAUUUUAUUCUUGUUUAACAUUUUUUUAAUUUUUUUUUUUUUUCUCUAAAACGGUAUGAAAAUUUGGAAAAAAUUAGCCAUUUUAGAAAAAGCAAUUUUUUUUAUUAAGAAUACAUUUUCCUCAAAAAGUUUGUGUGCUCUGGUAAAGACAAUACGGGGACAUACUGUACAUAAAUUAUAUUAAUUAUCAAACGAAAGUGUUUGACGAAAAAAAAAAGGGACAAUUUUAUGAAUAAAUCAAUUAUUUUUGUACAAAUAUUCGAAUUAGUAAAUAUAAAAAUGAUAUUAAGACAGACGUCAGUGUCAUUUAUUUAUUUAUUUUAUCAAAAUCCUUCAUUUUCAAAAAAAUUCCCGUCUCAUGAAUCAAAAUCGUCCAUUCUAUUCCACCAACACCAAUUGCUAUGAUGAAUCGUUUAAAUCUUCCGCUCCAACAAUGUUGAACGGACAAAACGUGAUCGUUUCUCAAGAACAACAAAGGAGAAUAUGCGAUAUUUUAAACACAUCCAUUAACGGGAGACCGUUUCAGUACAGUACUGCGCCCCAGCAUCAGUUUAUUCAGGCGAACAAGCAGUUUUUUCCUGGAGGCGUUCAUUUUAGCUUUGGCCAGCCCCAUUUUCAGCAAGACAAUUCGUGUAAAUGCGGAACAAACAGCAACACGAUGCAGUUACCGGUCAAUACGUACUUUCCCACGGCUAUGGAGCCGCAAAGGAACGUGGAUCAUGCUAGUUUUCCGAAUUUUUUUCAGCCUUUGCCUCCCUAUACGCUUAAAUUACACUACGAUACAUCUACAUCAUCAGAUGAUCUCCCUAAUUAUUCAAUACCAACUCCAAUAUCAAAGUGUCGUGCAGAUUUAAACAACAUAUGCUCCUCUCUCGAACAUCAAAACCCUGUUGAAGUAAACUUGCCUAAUUGUUCUAAAUUAGCCGCAGACCCUACGGCAUUUUUUCCACUACCUCCAGUAGAGUUUUCGUCGAAUGGGAGAAAAUUGACUCUUACUAAAAAAACUGCCGAGCAACCUGCAGGACAUGUGGUAGACGUUUUAGAUUGUUCCAAUAAAAAGAAAGUGUCUUUUUCAGAUCUUCCACCGAUGAAGGAGGAAAAAUGCGACAAAACGUUUCAGUUCACCACUGAGUGCAUUUGCGAAUCAAAAAAAUGUCCGGAUAAAAAUAAGAAAAAAUCUGACUGUGAAUCGGACGAGGAAGAAAAAUCCAAGAAAAAUAAAGAAAAGAAAAAGAAAUCUAAAAAGAAGAAAGAGAAAAAUGAAGAAUCUACUGACUCAGACACUUCUGAGUCUGAGCCAAAGAAAAGAAGUUGGUUUGGGAGAAGAAAAAAUAAAUCAAAGAAUUCUAAAGAAGAUUUAAAUAGUUCUGCAUCGGAAAAUACAGAAAGUGAUACUGAUAAAGAAAAUAUGAAGAAAUCUAGGAAGACAAAGAAGAGAGAAAAAGAUGACGAGGCUUCUUCUGGAUCAGAGACAUCAGAAUCAAAGAAAAAUGGCUGGUUCAAAAGAAGAAGUAAAUCGAAUAGUUCAGGCUCAGAAAAUACAGACAGUAAUAACGAUAAAAUGGAGUCUUGAUGGAAACUACAAGCCUUGGAAUUAAAUGUUUUUUUCCUGAGUAGAAUAAUGUGAUAUUAAUGUAUUAUAAUCUUCAAUAAAAAGCAUUAAUUAAGUUUGAUAAAUGUGUUAAAAUAUUAAAGUUUUU